AUGCCAUCUGGCCAAUUGCAAACAGACAGAUGCACUAUUAUUCUGAUCAACGAAGAAAUCAAGUCUCAGCAGUCAGAUAACAACUGCCAGGUCUCUGUUGGUGGAGUUUUCCAAAAUCUGACUCUCAGUAGUCUGACACGUGUCGUGGUUAUUGAACAAAGGAGCGAGCAAUUCUCAUGGAAAACCAUCUGGAACUACAACUCGGGUAUCAUUGCAACCAAAUUGGUGCAACAGAACACCUGCUACAUUUCUGUCAUGAACAGAAAUGAGAUGCCCAGCUUUGAGAAUCUGGCCCACCUGGCUUCACAGAACGGGAACCAGGUUGGCCUUGGAAGACCUACCAGGAAGAUCACCUUUGUCACCAAUGGACUGGUCAACAACCUCUACUCCUAUGGAACAGAAAUCACAGCUAUGUGCAGUGGACUCACCACCUACAUGGCUACUGAAGUUCACACUUUGCAAGGACCCCAGGUGAAUCUGGGAUCAUGCAUUACGCUUGAAGUCCUGAGAAUUGUGGAGCUGAAGUACUGCAAUGGCAAUGGCAAUGGCAACUGGAAUGGCAAUUUCCCGACUCAGCAGAUUCCUGGGGACAUCUUCAACAACAACACGCAAGGCGGCAUCUUCAACCACACACAAGUCAUCAUUGGUGGCCAGUCCCAAAUUGUGACCAUCAACAGGCAAUGGCAUGUGGCCAUCAUUGAGCAAAAGACCUUCAGCGGGUCCUGGAAAACCAUCUGGAACUACAACACGGGUGUGAUUGCAACCAAAGUCACUCAACAGAACAUCUGCUACAUUUCCAUCAUGAACAGAAAUGAGAUGCCCAGCUUCAAUAAUCUGGCCCGCCUGGCAGAAGAGAGCAGGAACCAGUUUGGUCAUGGAAGACCUACCAAGAAGAUCACCUUUGUCGCCAAUGGAUUGGGCAGCAACCUCAGUUCUUAUUGGUCAGAUGUCUUCUCCAUGUGCACUGGACUCACCACCUACAUGGCUUAUGAAGUUCAUGGAGUCCAUGUCAAUCUGGGAUCAUGCAUUCCCCUCGAUGUCCUGGGCGUUGUGGAUCUGAAGUACUGCACUGGCAAUGGCAAUGGACAAUCUCAGCAGAUUCCCGGGGACAUCUUCAACAACAACACGCAAGGCGGCAUCUUCAACCACACACAAGUCAUCAUUGGUGGCCAGUCCCAAAUUGUGACCAUCAACAGGCAAUGGCAUGUGGCCAUCAUUGAGCAAAAGACCUUCAGCGGGUCCUGGAAAACCAUCUGGAACUACAACACGGGUGUGAUUGCAACCAAAGUCACUCAACAGAACAUCUGCUACAUUUCCAUCAUGAACAGAAAUGAGAUGCCCAGCUUCAAUAAUCUGGCCCGCCUGGCAGAAGAGAGCAGGAACCAGUUUGGUCAUGGAAGACCUACCAAGAAGAUCACCUUUGUUGCCAAUGGAUUGGUCAGCAACCUCAGGUCUUAUGGGUCAGAUGUCUUCUCUAUGUGCAGUGGACUCACCACCUACAUGGCUUAUGAAGUUCAUGGAGUCCAUGUCAAUCUGGGAUCAUGCAUUACCCUCGAUGUCCUGGGCGUUGUGGAUCUGAAGUACUGCACUGGCAAUGGCAAUGGACAAGUGAGAAAACUUUACCUUUACCUUUCUUCAACCAAACUGGGGGGGCAGUGGGUGUAG